AACAUCGGUUCCUCUGACAACAUCCGGGUACUUUGAAGCUAUUCAAUCGAACAAGAACUUGGAGGUCGCUAAUGGCGAUGUGGUUGUACUGACUCUGGUCAACUGUCUUCACCACAAAACGUCAGGUUUUCUUGUAAAACCCAUGGCAGACCUAUGGAUAGAAACAUUAUAAAACAUAUUUUCAUCCUAUCAUUUCUGAUUGUACACUAUGUUCAGUUGACGAAGGCUUCUAGCGCCGGAUGUCUUUUAAAUCCUAAUGUCUGUAAUUUGGAUGAAUUCUGCCAUCAAGGAUAUUUGUUGGGGAAAUGUGUAAAGAGAAGUGAAAUUGAAGGUUAUUACUAUGGUAACAGUCCAGGAUGGUAUAGUAGAGAUGAAGACAGUGUAAACAAUGAUUUGAACACACGUCGUGGGGAUAUUCCACAAUGGAAAGAAACAUACAGACAGCAAAAUUAUGACAGCUCAGAACCWACCCUUGAAGACAAGACUUUAAUCCAAUCUUUACCAUUAGARAACAAAGAUUUACGUAAUUCAUACCCUGAUAGAGASAACAGGCUUCCAMCUAAAAUACGUCCACAAACUAUAGGAACAAGAGAUGGUAUUAGUGUCAAUAAUGGUGCUAGUAUACCAGACAACCAAGAUAGGGAAUAUCACUCAGACACCUUAGAAGAACCACAUCAAACUUUUCAUGAAGCCAARGAACAAAUUUCUAUUGAACACAUCUCAGAACCUGCAGAGACCAAAACACUUCAUGAAAGCAAUGAUGAAAAUGAUGUUGAUGCCAACUCCAAAGUGAUGAUCAAAGGAGAAGUGAAGAAGGCAGAAUCCAGCAUUGACCAAGGACCAAACCCAGAAAAGAAUUAUGAAAGAAUCAAAGAUUUCUUCAAAUCCCAGCAAGCAAGCUCAAUUGUUGACGUACCUAAUGCAGUAAAGAGAGAGGAGGCUUCAAAGGUCAACAAAAAGAACUUUGUSCCAAUUGACAUGAAAGUGAAAGAUGAGGUUAAUGCAGAGCAAGUAUCUCAAGAUGAUUCUGAAAAAUCAUUGAAAAUUGACUUAGAUAGYAGAGUGGAGAAAACUGGAGUUAAACUUCAAAGGAUUAAGAAUGAUUACAGUCCUGAAGAUGAAAGUGAAAUAGCUAAAAGAAUCAACAAAGAUGCAAGUGUCAAGGAAGGUGUUGCAAGACAGGUCGGUGUAAGGAUCAUGAAAGCAGAUGAUGAUACACCUAGCAAAUACAACAACAAAAUAGAGCAGUCUGUAAACCAACAYCCCAAGUAUUUUGCUAUAACUUUGAUUACUGCUGGUUGUGUGACAGGAGUGAUUCUUUCUGCUGUAGCUAUCUAUCUUAUCAUGAAAAGYUACAAUGAAACCAAGAAAUUUAAACCUGUGACAUUACCUGGACAGGAAGCCGCAGCAGAAUAUCAGGAACUCUGUAGACAGUUUCGAGCUAGUCAAGGAUGGGAAGGCAGUCCAAUCAAGCCAACAGACAAAGAUAAAGCACUGGGUUCUGCUAAACCACCACCAUAUUCUUGGAGUGAGGAACCAGUUGUUCCUAAUAUGGAUAUAUCAACUGGCCAUGUAGUCUUGGCUUACAUGGAGGAUCACCUUAAGAACAAAGARAGAUUAAACAAGGAAUGGGAGGCAUUAUGCACAUAUGAAGCUGAGCCUAAUAAAACAGACAUUGGGAAACAAGACAAGAAUGUCAGAAAGAACAGAUAUAGUGAUGUCCUUCCAUAUGAUCACAAUAGGGUUGUAUUGAGAGAGACUGCUAAUGCUACAGGAUCUGAUUAUGUCAAUGCAAGCUUCAUUACUGACCAUGAUCCACGAAACCCAGCAUACAUUGCAACACAAGGACCAUUGGCCCAUACCAUAUCWGAUUUUUGGCAGAUGAUUUGGGAACAGGGAGUUGUUGUAGUUGURAACCUUACAAGACUCUCUGAUCUAGGACUGCCUCAAUGUAAUCGAUACUGGCCAGAAGAAGGACAUGAAACUUACCAUAUAUACGAGGUCCAUCUUGUAUCAGAACAUAUAUGGUGUGAUGAUUAUCUUGUUAGAAGCUUUUACCUCAAGAAUCUGCAAACAAGUGAAACUCGCACAGUGACUCAGUUCCACUUCCUGUCUUGGCCYGAUCUGAAUGUACCUACAAACCCAAAACCUUUGCUGGAGUUUAGAAGAAAGGUGAACAAGUGCUUCCGAGGUCGUUCUUGCCCAAUCGUUGUUCAUUGCAGUGGUGGUGUUGGAAGAACUGGUUGCUAUAUUCUGAUAGACAUGGUCCUGAACAAGAUGAUGAGAGGUGCUAAAGAAAUAGAUAUUGCUGCGACUGUUGAGCAUUUAAGAGAUCAAAGGCCUCUUAUGGUUAAAACCAAGGCCCAAUUUGAGUUUGCCCUGACAGCUGUUGCUGAAGAAGUGAGUGCCAUUCUUCAAGCUCUGGCCAAAUAAUAAUCUUCCAAUCACCAACGAAAUAUGGGAUAUAAUAAUUAUAAUCACUAAAAUAAUUGACAGAUUUUAUUUUCAAGAUUUAAUUUAGCUAUGGAUUGCAACAAUGCAUCACAAGGGCCUGUUUCAUAUCUUGUCACAUUUGAAAAAUAUAGGAAUUCAUGGUGGGGAAAGGACUCACAAAAAAAUUAUAUUAAUCUUGAGAUAUUUUUGAAGGCUGAGGUAACUUCACAGGUUAAAAUCUUAUUAGAAUGUUGAAUAAUAGCAAAACGGGAACAAAUAUUUAUUUAUAAUACUUUGUGUAGAUAGUCUAAACAAAACCAUCGUCAAUACUAUUUUUAUGGUAAUACAACAGGAAACAACAUAACAAACCUUAACUAUUAGCCUAAACACUAAAUACACUAUUUGGUGAAUUAUUGUAGAUGUACAUACGGAUUUCGUUCCAUUCAAUUUUUUCGCGUUUUCUUUCUUUCUUUUUUUUCUUCGACUCCAGCUACGUUAUCGUUUCUUUCUUGGAGCAUAUGCACUGCAUUAAUGCAUAAUGAUUUUUUUUGUCGUUAACAACUCUAAUUGUAAUAAAUCUGCUAGAUUAUAAUUCAUUUUGCUUUCACAAUAAUUAUGUACAAUACCAGAGUGGAAGCAGAGUCGCAAAAUUCACGUGAGAACUAAUUAUUGCAUAGACGCUGACGUAAAACCAAUCGAUUGUGCUUCCCCUCUGAUUGUAAAACAAGUAGGAGUGUUCAUGGGUGUAUUAGUCUGAAUAUCAUUCAAAUAUUUAGCUGUUCAUUCUGAUAGUUUCUGAGUUUUCACUGUGGUGAGAUGUGUCUUAUCACGUCUUAUAGGGAACCUACUCCACUUGAAGUCGGUCUCAGUAACAUGCUAGCUUAUAUUUUGGGGUAUUCGUACACAAGACCAGUAYCGUCAAAAUGCAAAAAAUAUAUUGAAUAAUUUGGUCGUCUUGGUCACGUCUUACUGGGGGUGAAGUUCUUUUAACGUUACGAUUAUUUUUAUAUGUUUAACUACCAUACCUAUUAAUACAGAGCUAUGUCAGAUAUUAUAAUACAUGGGUAUCGGUUAAGUUUCACUUGGAAAAUACUCAAUAAAUGAUAAUUUCGGGGAUA